UGUAUUUAAGGAGAGGUUUUUCCCAGCCCGAGUUGCUGGGUUCACCAUAUAGUAAAGAGCUGUUGUCACUAUCCUGGUCUCCUGCCUCGUUAUUGCCCGAAUUUAACACUGGCGACGAGGAUGGGAUCUCGAGGCUAAGAGCGCCAGGAAAAGAGCUGAACUCACCAGGAAGACGCGAACCCAGCAAAACAAGGGCGGAAAGCAGCGAUGUCCGGCUACACACCGCCAGCGCCAUUCGACCCAGCUAAGGAGAAAUGGGGGUCAUACAUGGCUCGUUUCGAGUGUUUCCUCGAAGCAAACGAACUUCAAGGGGUUUCCGACAACAGGAAACGAGCCUAUUUUCUGAGCCACUGCGGUCCAGAAGUUUUCGACACCGCAGAAUCCCUGGCUGAGCCAACGCCGGUACAGUCGGUACCGUGGCAAACUCUACAGACUCUGCUGAAAGCGCAUUUCGCACCGAUGCCAUCCAAGUAUGUGCAACGGUUUGAAUUCGGGGAGCGCAGACAGCAAGAAGGCGAGUCCAUUAGUGCAUACAUGGCCGCCCUAAGAAAAGCCUCAAAACAUUGCGAGUAUCGAGACUUGGACGAGGCAUUGCUGGAGCAACUCAUCCGCGGGGUCAGGGACAUCCGUUUGCGGAGGCGGCUGCUGGCUAAAAGCAACCUAACGCUGGCAAACGCCCUGGACGAAGCCAGGGCUCACGAGAUGUCCACCCAAGCGGCAGAGACCUUACAAAAGCAGGUCACACCAACAGCUGGUGCAAAAUCAACCCCGGUCCACAGUGAAGAGGUCCAGGCCGAAUCGGAGGGGGAGGACGAGGAAGGAGUCUUCCACACCGGGAGGCCGGAGAAAGACGACCGGGGCGACUGCGCG